GCCACACUUACCUUGUAGUUCACGCGAGUCUGUCGCCAUGUUUGGUUAUUUUAUUUGUUUUUAAAGCGGACUAACACCAGAUAAAGUAAAACGCUCCAAGUUAGAUGUGUCGUGGAAUUUUGUUUGAAUUAAUAGAAAACAAGGAUCGCGUCCGCACUCUAUUGUCGUAGAAUACAUUUUUUUUGCCAGUGCAACUGCAUCCAGUGAGAAAAUUUCAACAACAAUAUAAUCGUUCCAUUUGCACAAAAAUAGCCUAAAAAUUCGACAACAAAACAACAACAACAACAGUAGCGGCAGCCGCGGCACCAAUACCAACGACAACAACAACACUUAACUGUAAAAAGCCGCAACGCAACAGAGCAAAAAGCGCUGAAAAGUGUUACACAAAGUGAAAUUGCCUUUUGCGGCACACAAAAUUAAGUACACGGCAACAGCAGCGGCAACAGCAACAGCAACAGCAGCAUAAAACAAAUAACAUUUUGUGCGUGUGCGUUGAUUUUUGAGAGCGGCUGUAGUUGAGCAGCGAACAAUUCCAAUUGGAAUCCACUGCUGCCUGCAUCUAUUGAAGGCCGACAACAACAGCAACAACAACAAACAUACAAAACAAAAACAAAAACAAAAAAAUGGGCGAUUUUGAUUUAAAUGUGGACAGUCUAAUACAGCGGCUGCUGGAAAAUUUCAAAAAACAAAAAGAGGCCGAGGAGCAUGCACAGAAGCUGAUCAUUGCUCAACAAUUGGCCGCUUCUGGCGGCAGCGGCAGCGACGGCGGCGUCUCUGCCUCGAGCUCAGCUGCCUGUUUAGUGGGCGGCGGCACGCCCAACAGUGCCUGCAGCGGGGCAACGGCAAGCGAUCAGCUGGACGAGCUCACCGAACAGCAGCGCCGCAUGCUGCAACAGUACUCGAUAUCGCCGCCCAGCGAGACAAUGAUAUCGGCUGAUGGGGACCAAAUAACGGUGCAUCAUCCGCGCGAGGAGCCCAAGAAAUCCAGAUUGAAAUUGCGCGAUUUCUUCGUUGCCGAAUUUGUGCGCAGCUGCCGCACCGGCAAACAGGUGCAGAUGACGGAGGCGGAGGUGCGCGGCUUGUGCUUGAAGUCGCGCGAGAUAUUCUUGCAACAGCCGAUAUUGCUGGAACUGGAGGCGCCAUUGAUCAUCUGUGGCGAUAUACACGGCCAGUACACAGAUCUGUUGCGUCUAUUCGAAUACGGCGGAUUUCCACCGACUGCCAACUAUCUGUUUCUUGGCGACUAUGUGGAUCGGGGCAAGCAAUCUCUGGAGACGAUCUGUUUGCUGUUGGCCUACAAGAUCAAAUAUCCGGAGAAUUUCUUCUUGUUGCGCGGCAAUCAUGAGUGCGCCAGUAUUAAUAGAAUUUAUGGCUUUUACGACGAGUGCAAGCGUCGCUACAAUGUUAAACUAUGGAAGACCUUCACAGAUUGUUUCAACUGUCUGCCUGUGGCCGCGAUUAUUGAUGAGAAGAUCUUCUGUUGCCAUGGUGGCCUCAGUCCCGAUCUGCAGGGCAUGGAGCAGAUCCGUCGCCUGAUGCGUCCCACAGAUGUGCCCGACACCGGGCUGCUCUGCGACCUGCUGUGGAGUGAUCCCGACAAGGAUGUACAGGGCUGGGGCGAAAACGAUCGUGGCGUUAGCUUCACUUUUGGCGUUGAUGUCGUCUCCAAGUUCUUGAAUCGACACGAGCUGGACUUGAUUUGUCGUGCACAUCAGGUCGUUGAGGAUGGCUACGAGUUCUUUGCGCGCCGUCAGCUGGUCACAUUGUUCUCGGCGCCAAACUAUUGCGGCGAAUUCGACAACGCUGGCGGCAUGAUGACCGUGGACGACACGCUCAUGUGCUCAUUCCAGAUAUUGAAGCCAUCCGAAAAGAAGGCCAAGUAUUUGUACAGCGGCAUUAACUCAUCUCGGCCAACAACACCGCAGCGCAGCGCUCCAAUGUUGGCGACCAACAAGAAGAAAUAAUAUAUCCAUCCGCUUCCAUUUCCUUAAAGGUUUAACCUCAAACUCAACAGCAACAACAUCAGCAAACAACAGCAACAAAAACACAAGAAACACAACAACAACAACAACAACAACAGCAAACAACAAAUACACGAAUAACUUUUAUAUAUAUUAUACAUACGUACAUAAAUAUGUCAAAAUUAAAUGUGUGCAAGUAAUUAACUAGUUGAAAGAGUAAACAAGAAAAAACAAAAAAAAAAAAAACAAACUUCAAAUGAAAAAUACAAAAAAAAAAGAAGAAAAUACAGCCCCACAAAAUAAGCAAAGAAUGUCGUUUGAUACGAAAGAUGGAUAAAACGUGUUGACAGAUUAAUAAAAUAAACAAACAGA